CCUUUCAAUGAAAGCCUUGGGCUGUGCUUGAUACAAUAUGAUAAUGUUACACUCAUCAUCUUCUACAACCAGUCAAUAUACAUUCCAUCCAUCCAAGUCUAAAUCAUUGGAUAUGGGUUUCUCAUAACCCCGCCUGAAGUCACACACCCUUGUAGAUGCAUCGAAUCCCAAAUAUUGUCCUUCUCCAACCUUCUACCUCCAGCCUCGCCCACUCCCCCAAAAAGUUCAUCACAAACCAUCAACUUCUGUUUCUAAGAUAGGUACAAAGCUCCUUUUCAAUGUUGAGUUCUUUCACAAACGUAUACGGCUCCUUUCCCAACAUCCAAGCUCGUAUAAAUAAUCUAGCGGGUACUCAAGCAAGCGUCGUGGGAAUGGCAGGCUCUGGAGCCCGAUUUCAGAGUCUGAGUGAUUUUGAAAAAGAGCAGGAUGAAUUGCAAGCUCGGAUUGACCAAGAUAAUCUCAACGCACAACCCACAAGAUCUCGUACUGGCUUACCAGCCGCCAGCAUACCUAGGAAUGUGCCAGAUGUCAGUGGUAUCCUACUUGAAGAGCAAGCGUUGCAAGAAAUGGGCAGCAUAAACUGGGUCGGAAAACUACUGGAGUACCAUCAAGCCAAAGCCAUCAACCCACUACCAGAGUAUACAGAGCAUCAGGUCUCCGAACAGCGAUUCCGCUGUUCCGUCACCAUCAAACAAAAGACCGAGCCCAUCACCACCUUAGCAUCCUUCAGCAACAAAAAAAAUGCCAAAAAAUUCAUCUCCAAACUCGCCGUCGAUUGGCUUAUAUCACAGAACCUCAUGCCUUCUACUGGCGACGUCAAAUUUUCCAAGACACCAAUUGCAACACCAAUUCCAGAUGCUCGCGAGAGAAGCACCUCUCCAACACCCUAUCCCAGUCUCGUCCCCGGACUCUGCAUCGCCCUUGGUUUCAACCCUCCCGCCUACAGACUCACGCGCAUGUCAGAAGGCACCUCAUUUUACGAAAUCUAUGCAGAUUUCGGAUCUGAUCCCCGAAUCGACGGCCCUGUAGGAAAACUCACAAACAUCUACGGCAGGAAUAGAGCUAAAGAAGCCUGCGCAAAAGAAGUUUUUAUGUUCUUGAAGGCGAUUGAAAGAUCGAGGGAAGCAGGUAUUGUAGCUCAGCAGGGAGAGGAGAGCAGGAGUGUGGAGGAGCCCCAACCUCAGCAGGAGGACUCGGGUUCGAAUGCGAAUGAUCAGUAUAGUGUCGUUUCUGGCAUUUAAAGAAUGGUUAAGUAUGCUGUCGAAUCAUGGAUUGUAAUGGAAUGGAACACUGGGACAACCAACUUAACGAAUUUCCUAGGAUAGAUUUGGAUUAUAUGUCAUGUUAUGUUGUGGGAUACUACCUACCUAGUACAAACUUAUUCGGAUAGAAUAUAAGUUUCGAAAUCUCAAUUCGUUUUCACUUGCUCUUCUUUUCAUGUUUCUUCUUGUCUAUUCUCUUCCCCUUUC